UCAAUUGGCUCUCUUCUCUCCUCUUAGUUUUCCCUUAUUGUUUGUCUAGAUUCUUCGUCUGCCACCAACCGCAGCCCUAUGAUCUCUUUCGUGCAGGCGAUUACACCAUAUAUUUGUUAGUUAUAUUGUUAUGGGCUGCGGUGGCUCAAGGCUAGGAGGUACGGCAGCGGCCAGGGAAGAUGAGGGCGGCGUUGUACCACUUCCCGCGGGUAUACGUCCGCUUCUCCGGCGAAGAUUAGAGGAGAUGAAGAAACGGAGUCAUGCAAGCGUCUUGAAAGGAAACCAGACGCUGUCCAAGAAGGAGCUUUUAAGGCACGGCUCCUCCGAGGAGGUCGACGACGGAGAAGAGACGGAGGAGAAACACGACAGCUUAAAGUUGUCGGCUAAGGUUGCUCCUGCGCCUGAUCAUCACGUGGAAGAGAAGAAAGAGGUUAUUUAUGAAAAGAUUUCGUCGAGAGAUGAUGUUAUAGAAGUAAAGAAAGAGGAGGAAGUUGUGAGGAAACAAGAUGAAGACAAUCAUAGCGAUGUUGUUGAUGAUUUAGCCAUGAAUGUUAAGAAAGAGGGAGAUGAUGAUUCUAAUCAUAAUGAGCACGACAAAGUCAUCAAUGAUAAGAACGAUGAAGAUGAUAGUGUUGAUCAUGAUGGAGGGAGGAUGAGCAACUUUGAUGAGAGGAUGAUAUGUCCUGGAUCUCCAAGCUUUAGGGUUUAUUGCAUCGAUGUUAUUUCUGAUGAUGAAGAAGAAGAAAAAGAUGCUGAAGACACAAGAAAAUCGAUGGAAACCGAAAGCGUCAUCAUAGAACUAAAAGAGGAUGAAAGCAUCGUUAAAAAGGAGAAAAGAGAAAGAAAAGGAAAGAGAUUCGGAAUAGCAUUGCCAAGGAAGUAUUUAGCUAAUGUGACUGCAGGAUGCAUGGGCAACCACACUCAUACUCGACUGAUGCAAGAGAAAUCUAGCCAGUGAUCUAACAAAAGAACUAUGUUUGCCAUAUUUGAAUUGAUUGUUCAAGGAAGAACGGUGUGUAAUGUGCGUACGGAUUAUGAAUAAUCAAAAGACACCUCAGUAUAUAAUCUGUUAAUUAGACCUUUGAUUUGUUUUGAGUGACUCUUGUCUCAGAAUUAGUACAAUCUCUUCUU